UCAGCCUUUAUCUUGGUGCCACUGAUGAUGAUAAGGAUGCUUCUCUCCAUCUCUAAAUGAUUUCACAGGAAACCGACCACAGCUGUACGGCUGCGCGAUGAAUACACUGGCUUUUAACAGGCAUAAGUCUGGAAUAUCUGUGAUUAUGGAUAUCUUGUACUUUCUAUGGAUGCUGCCGUCGGUGUGGGCUGUCGAAGAGGUACUAAUGGAUUCAACAACAGCAACAGCAGAACUGGGCUGGACCACCUACCCAUCUCAAGGGUGGGAAGAAGUUAGUGGAUACGAUGAAAAUAUGAACACCAUCCGAACAUACCAGGUGUGCAAUAUCUUUAAUAGCAGCCAAAACAACUGGGUCCGGACCAAAUACAUCCGUCGCCGUGGUGCUCAGCGUAUCCAUGUCCAGAUGAAAUUUUCAGUACGGGACUGUAGUUCCAUACCCAAUGUCCCUGGCUCCUGCAAGGAGACCUUCAACCUCUAUUUUUUUGAAUCUGACUUGGAUAAGGCCACUAAAUUAUACCCACCCUGGAUGGAAAACCCAUGGGUGAAAGUGGACACUAUUGCAGCUGACGAGAGCUUCUCUCAGGUCGAUCUCGGUGGCCGCAUCAUGAAGAUCAACAGUGAAGUUCGAAGCUUUGGACCUGUUUCCCACAAUGGCUUCUAUCUUGCUUUCCAGGAUUACGGUGCCUGCAUGUCACUCAUUGCUGUCCGAGUCUUCUACAGGAAAUGUCCCCAUAUAAUCCAGAAUGGAGCGGUUUUCCCUGAGACACUGUCAGGAGCAGAGAGCACCUCUCUUGUGGCAGCCAGAGGAGUGUGUGUUCCUAAUGGGGAGGAGGUGGAUGUACCCAUCAAGCUGUACUGUAAUGGGGAUGGGGAGUGGAUGGUACCUAUUGGUCGCUGUAUGUGUAAAGCUGGAUACGAGGCUGUGGCGAAUGGUACAGUCUGCAAAGCAUGUGUUACAGGCUUCUUCAAGGCUGCUCAGGGAGACCACAAAUGUUUACAGUGUCCCAUUAACAGCCGGACCACCAGCGAGGGAGCAACUAACUGUGUCUGUCGCAAUGGCUACUAUCGCACUGAAUCUGACCCUCCACAGAUGCCUUGUACCACUGUUCCAUCUGCACCACAAAAUGUCAUCUCCAUAGUAAAUGAGACUUCUCUGAUACUGGAGUGGAGUCCACCAAAGGAGAGUGGUGGCCGAGAAGAUGUAGUUUACAACAUCAUAUGUAAGAGUUGUGGCAGGGGUCGCAGCGGCUGCACCCGCUGUGGUGACAACGUGCAGUUUAUCCCACGUCAGCUGGGACUCACCAACACCCGAGUACAUAUCAGCGACCUCAUGGCUCACACGCAGUACACAUUUGAAAUACAAGCUGUCAAUGGAGUGUCUGAUCAGAGUCCUUAUUCACCACAGUACACGUCUGUCAACAUCACCACCAACCAGGCUGCACCAUCAAUAGUGUCCAUCAUCCACCAGGUUAGCAGAACUCCUAACAGCAUCACUCUGUCCUGGUCCCAGCCAGAUCAGCCCAAUGGUGUUAUUCUGGACUAUGAACUGCAGUAUUAUGAGAAGAACCAAGCAGAAUGGAACUCAUCUCUAACGAGGAGUCAGACCAACACUGCUGUCAUACGAGGUUUAAGGCCUGGAACCAUAUACGUGUUUCAGGUCCGGGCUCGGACUGUCGCUGGAUUUGGACGCUUCAGUGGUAAAAUGUACUUCCAAACCAUGACUGAAGAAGAAUAUAACUCCAUUAUUCAAGAGAAGCUCCCCCUCAUCAUUGGUUCAUCUGCUGCAGGGGUUGUCUUUAUUAUUGCCAUCACUGUCGUCAUAAUUGUUUGUCGCAGCAAAAGAAAUUCUGACAGACCAGAAUCUGAAUAUACAGACAAACUCCAACAUUACACCAGUGGUCACAUGUCACCGGGAAUGAAGAUCUACAUUGACCCCUUCACAUAUGAAGAUCCCAAUGAAGCGGUUAGAGAGUUUGCUAAGGAAAUUGACAUUUCCUGUGUAAAGAUUGAACAAGUGAUUGGAGCAGGAGAGUUUGGAGAAGUGUGCAGUGGAAACCUCCGACAGCCUGGGAAAAGGGAGAUAUUGGUGGCCAUCAAGACUUUAAAGGCAGGGUACACUGAACGCCAGAGGAGGGACUUUUUGAGUGAAGCAUCUAUCAUGGGUCAGUUUGAUCAUCCCAACAUCAUCCAUCUGGAGGGAGUGGUUACCAAGAGCAGCCCUGUAAUGAUCAUCACUGAAUUCAUGGAGAAUGGAUCCCUUGACUCAUUUCUCAGGCAAAAUGAUGGCCAGUUCACAGUGAUACAGCUGGUGGGAAUGUUGCGCGGCAUUGCAGCAGGAAUGAAAUACUUGUGUGACAUGAACUAUGUCCAUCGAGACCUGGCAGCGAGGAACAUCUUGGUCAACAGCAACCUAGUGUGCAAAGUGUCUGACUUUGGCCUGUCACGUUUCCUUGAAGAGGAUACUUCAGACCCCACUUACACCAGUGCUCUGGGGGGAAAGAUUCCCAUCAGGUGGACAGCACCAGAGGCCAUUCAGUACAGGAAGUUCACCUCCUCAAGUGACUGCUGGAGCUAUGGCAUAGUCAUGUGGGAGGUGAUGUCAUAUGGAGAGAGGCCCUACUGGGACAUGAGUAAUCAAGAUGUAAUCAAUGCCAUAGAGCAGGACUACAGGUUGCCACCCCCUAUGGAUUGUCCUAGUGCACUACAUCAGCUAAUGCUUGACUGCUGGCAGAAAGAUCGCAACAACCGACCCAAAUUCAGCCAGAUUGUCAGCACACUGGAUAAGAUGAUCCGCAAUCCCAACAGCCUGAAGGCCAUGACACCAUUGUCAUCAAGUGUUCAUUUAGCUCUGCUUGAUCGCAGCACUCCAGAUUUCUCCUCUUUCAGCACCAUCGAUGAGUGGCUGGAUGCCAUAAAAAUGGGCCAGUACAAGGAGAAUUUCACCAGUGAAGGCUUCACCAGCUUUGAUGUGGUGUCUCAAAUGACCAUGGAGGAUAUCCUCCGAGUGGGAGUGACAUUGGCUGGUCACCAGAAGAAGAUCCUGAACAGCAUCCAGUCAAUGAGGGCCCAGAUGAACCAGAUCACCUCUGUGGAAGUGUGAUCUCAUAGACCAGAAGCACAAAGACUGUUCACUACAGGAAGUCCAGCUGCCAGUAACCAUGCAUUGAGGAACACAUACACUGUGACUUCAGUUGAACCUCAGAUUCACUUUUCCUCCUUCCAAACACUCUCCAAAGGCUUCCAUCAGUAUGCAGCACAGCACAGAUGUUGAGUAGUUUUCUUGAAGCUGCUGUAUAUUCAGGUAACAGUCUUUUUGGGGGGCUGUUGGACAUAAUCACAGGCAUCUAACUGUCAAAUUACUACAGUACAGUCACGUGUCUUGUUAAUGUUCCAUCACUCUUCCACUCUCUCCACUACCAGCAACUUAAGUUAUUCUUAAGAAUUAAUGUCCUAAAAUUGGCCUUGCAUUUUGAAUUUUAUGCAAGGAACCUGCUGUCACAGUGAACGAUGAUAUUAAAAACAGCAUAGCAGGACUCAAUGAACUGGCUGGUGCAAAUUACAACUUAUACGUUAAGUUGAGCAUAUUUAUUUAUAGCUGCCACCUUCACCUUACUGCUACCUCUGUACCACAGUAAUUGUGGCAUUUUUCGUAACUAUGUAAAGUUUCUUAACUAUGUAAAGCUGCAAAUCAGAACUUUUUGUCAGAUCAAACCCAGUUUUUGGUACAGGUAACUGAACAUUUACAUAGAUUGUAUGGUGUGAAUUUGAAUAAGGAAGCAUUGGCUAACUAUGACCCUUAUAUUAUUCAGCUACAAUGUAGAUGAACACACUUCUACUACCAGCAACAACAGGUGCCAAAUACAUAUAUAUCUCUCUCUCUCUCUCUCU